UUUUUGGUCAUUUUUUUCUAGCUGACAACCCAAAGGCAACAAUGAGUCUCUCUGACAAAGACAAGGCCACAGUUAGGGAUUUCUGGGCCAAAGUGGAAGGGAAGUCCGCCGAAAUAGGAGGAGAAGCUUUGGGCAGGAUGCUCGUUGCUUACCCUCAAACUAAGACCUAUUUCUCGCACUGGGGAGAUCUGAGCCCUCAAUCCGCUAAAGUUAAGAAGCAUGGAGCCACUAUCAUGGCAUCCUUGGGGACAGCUGUGAAAGGGAUCGACAAUCUGACUAACACCUUGAGCUCCCUCAGUGAGCUCCAUGCCUUCAAACUCCGGGUGGAUCCUGCCAACUUUAAGAUCCUGGCCCACAACAUCAUCCUGGUCUUGGCCAUGUACUUCCCUGCAGACUUCACGCCCCUGGUUCACGUUUCUGUGGAUAAGUUCCUGCAGAGCGUGGCCUGGGCCCUCUCCGAGAAGUACCGCUGAAGUCCCACGAG